GGCCUAUCUUCACAAUUYCCCCAUGCCCAGGAGCACCCUGGUGCCUGCAUUCCUCUUUCCCGCAUUGGGUGCUCACCAGCAUUAUCCCRUCCCUCUGUGUUCCAGGCAAAGCAAUGGCGGAGGGUCCCCAGCUGCUGCUGGAAGUGUGCGGGCAGAGGCUGUCCCGCUUYCUCCAUGACGCCCGGCACAAGCACCUGGCCUGGCUGCGGGAGGUGGAGGAGCAGGGCAUGAGGAUGCUUGAGAGCAGCUUCAGGGAUGAGCCCAUGCUCUUGCCCAAAACGCCAUCGCAGAGGAGGAAGCCCAGGAAAAGGCAGUCGUCCUGGCUGAAGGAAGAGAACAAGGAGCUGAGCAGGAGGAGGUUAUCCCGCAGGAGGAGCGGUGUCAAGCCGGUGCCUUCCAGUCUGAAUUCCCAGCAGCCCCGGAGCCAUGUCUGUGAGGGGCAGGAGGUGYCUGUGCCUGGCUGCGCUCCGGGAUCUCCAGCUGGCAUCACACCCCAGCUCCCAGCUCUCCCUGGGAAGCAGCCUGUGGAAGCAGGUGUUCCUGUGGCAGACCUGGAUCGCCAGGAGUGUCCUCAGGGUGCUGCUAGGGGUGAUGCAGCCUCUCCUGCAGUUUUGGGGGAGCAGCCACCUGAGGCGGAUGCAGUGGCCGAGCUGCAGGAGGUCCCUGGUGUCACUGGGAUCCUGGCUGAACAGCCAGGAAGGGAUGAGGAGCAGGAUCCCAGGAGAGCCAGCACCUCCACRCCCAAGACCUCUCCAAAUGGUGAUCCUGCCACGCUCCAAGGAGAUGGAGCUCCUCCAGGCCUCGAGRCCCUGCUCGUCCAGAACUCCCCCAGCAAAAGCGCGACAGAGAAAUCCAGGACGCGCCGCCGGAGCGGGAUGGAUGCCCCCCGCAGGAGCCGUAGGGUUUCCCUGGUGAAAAAAUGCUCGCUGGCCGCCAAGAGGGAGAACAUGAUCAGGAGAUCCAUCAGCAGGGUCAUGGCCAAGAAGGCAGCGGCGMGGGAGUCCUCCUCAGCCUCCAGCAGAGUGAGCUGUCAGAGCUCCUUGGAGGCUUUUCUGGAAGAAGAUGCAGCCAGCAGCACAAGRCCUGAGCUGGAGCCAGAUUCCCCGAGGGAAAAGGCUCCCAAAGGCAUCCUCCUUCCAGGCACAAGUCCCCGAGCCACCAGCCCUCCUGCACAGCACUUGUCCCCUCUGGAGCAGCAGGCAGGGAAUUCUGCAGGAAGCCAYGUAAACCCCAACAGUGAACCCCAGAAGAGCCAGGAGCAACCCCACUGUGCCAAGGCCCGGGAGAAUCCCUCCCAGAUGUGGAUGAGAGGCUGYAAGCAAGCCCUGGGUGUCCUGUGGCAUGGGCAGCAGCCGAGGGGCCGUGGCCUUUCCCCUUUGGAUGAGAAGCACAAGACCUUGGCAAACCAGGCUCCAUCAUCCCCCUCUCCGGCCAGCAAGGCUGUCAGGCCGCUGAAGAACUUCCUGCAGGGACAAGGGGGUGGCAUCAAGGACUUCCUCAAGCGCGGRACUCCCACCCGGCCCAACCCCAAGGGGGAUUUUGUUCUGUACCUCUCUCUCCUGUACUUCUGCUCGCAUUGGAUAAUCCCUGUUGCCAAAUGUGCGUUGUGUUCCCUUCUCCUCACUCCCCAUCCCGGUGUCCAAGAGAAGGAGAGGCAGAGACUGGAGAACCUCCGCAAGAAGCAGGAGGCUGAGGAACAGAGGAAGAAGAAAGUAGAGGAGGAGAAGAGGCGGCGUCAGGCAGAAAUGAAGCAGAAGCGGGAAGAGCGUCUGAGGAAGGCCCCGCAGGCUCGGGAGCGUGCGGAACAGAUGGAGGAAAAGAAGAAAAAGCGAAUGGAGCAGAAGAUCCUGCAAAGUGAUGAGAGGGUGCACGUCUCACAAGUGAGGGAAGAGAAGGUGGCAGAGGAGCAGACCAAAAGGAAAGCAUCCAAGAAGCACGGGGAAGCAGAGGCACGGAAGCAGAAAGCACUGAGAGGAGAGGAAAAUGAACAGCAAGGACUACUGCAGAAAAGGAGAGAUGAUGACGUCAAGGAAAGAGGGAAGAAAGUCUUGGAACUGAAGAAUCUUCUGGAGCAGCAACAGCUGGAACAAGUGAAGGACAGGGAUCCCAAGCAGCGAGGGAAGGAGAAGCCCCUCCRGGCACAGCUGGAGCCAGCGGCAUUGGCUGUCAAGGCCACCAAGGGGAAAGAGAGGCCCAAAGAGCCACCCCUUGUGCCUGGGCUGGAGAAAAGWUAUGAGCCACCAGAACUCUUUUUCCCAGCUCUUAACAUGUGGCUGCAAGCAGAGAGGGUGGCAGACGGUCAGCAGCUGCUGGGAGAAGAGAAAAAACCCAUCCAAGCAGCAGCACCUGGGACGUGGCCGAACAAAGCCGUCAAGAGAUCCCUCUCCACAUCCUGCCUAGGGUCCCUGAAGGGUGCUGAGGGACCAGGAUCCCCUGUGACCGAUGACAACAGCUACGGGCUGGAUCUGAACAGCGACGACUCCACAGAUGAUGAGAGCAACCCUCGGAAGCCWGUCCCUGCCUGGGCCGAGGGGACGCAGCUCCAGGGGGCCGUGGUGCACCAGUAUUACAACCCCCCCGACCUGGACGCGCUGUUCGGGGCCAUCCCCACCCCCAAACUCGAGGACAUCUUCUACAAGAGCAAACCCCGCUACUUCAAGCGCACGAGCUCGGCCGUGUGGCACUCCCCACCCGGCCCCUCCUCCAACUCCCAGAGCUGAGCCAAGGCAGGGACAAGGGUUUUUCUAAGGGACUGUGUUUCCUACUUGCCCUGUAUUUACAAUUUUAAUAUUGUUUUCUUUUCCUGAGMAACAAUA